UGUAAUCGACUAUCUAGUUUAUUUUUGUAAUCUAUCUAAAUUUAUUUGCUGUGCUGUUAGUAAAUUUUGUGUGUGAAAAUGGAAGGCGAACGAAUAAAAGACCUAAACAAUUUAUUGAAACCAGCCCUUGGAGAAAAUGUUGAAAUAGUGGACAAGACAAUAACAAAUCUCACUCAACCAGGAGAUAACUACUUCAGUGACAUGCUUAAGCUGCAAGUAACAACAAGAAAUAAGGACACCAAUGCCACAAACACCGAACAUUUUGUCGCCAAAUGUUGUAUCGCUGACGCAGACAUGGCUGCACAGAGCAGUAGCCUGUUUAAACCGGAGAUUGCCUUUUAUAAGGAAAUUGUGCCGACCAUGCAGAAGUUUUUGAAAGAACAUGGUCAGAAGGAGGUCGAGAUUUUUCCUAAACUGAUUGCUGCCAGAUACAAUCUUGAUGGUAAAGAAGAACCUGAUGGAGAUGCUGUUUUGGUUUUGGAAAAUCUUCAAGUAGCAGGAUUCGGCAAUCAAGACAGACACAAAGGAUUUGACUUAGAGGGCGCCAAACUACUAGUCACUGACUUAGCUGUCUUCCACGCCGUUCCUCUAGCAAUCAAACUGAAACAACCAGAUUUGUUUCAAAAGGUAUUUGUAGACAAUUGUCCCAAAAAUAAACCCAAAGAAAAUGGCCCCGAUCAUCGUGGUAUACCAAAGAUGCCCAGAGCUACCUUGAAACAAAUACUAAGUCAAGACCAUAUUUGCAGGAAACAUGUAGAUAAGUUAGAUGAUUUAAUCGAUGCUGAUGAAGACAAUUUUAGCAAAGGGAAUUUAUUUAACAAGUUUGAUAUUAAAGAAACUGUAUUUUCUGGACUUGUACACAAGGAUAUGUGGGUGAAUAAUACUAUGCAGAAAAAAGACAAAGACGGAAGGAUAGUAAAAAAUAAUUUUGUGGACUUUCAGAUGUACGGUAUACAAGAUGUCACCACUGAUUUAAUCUUCUUUCUUCUUAGUAGUGUAGAUAUAGUGACAUUGGAAGAACAUUUUGAAUAUCUUCUACAGCUGUACCAUGAACAUGUUAUUAAAACUUUGGAAUCUCUAAAAUGUGAUGUAGCUUCGUUCAAGUAUGUCGAUUUUAUCAAUAAUCUAAAGGAAAACACUAUUGGAGAGUUUUUCCAUAUACUUUUAAUGAACAAUCUUAUAAUAUACAUCAAAAAAGGUGAAAAAACUGACUUUGACAUUCUCAAAAAUUUAACAGUUGAUAGUAUGCAUCCUAUUGCUAGAAGAAAAUUUGUGUUUUUAUUUAAAAUGUUAGUUCAAAAAGAAUGGAUUUAAAAAUGUAGCUUUUAUUGUUUUAUUAAAUAUUUAUAUACUGAAUGAA